AUGCAGCAGGAGUUUUCUAUUUCUGAAAGUCUAAGCCAUUGUUCUGACUAUGAUGAUAUUUUAGAUUUGGACGGACCAAUGGCUUAUCCAUCUCGUGUCCCCAGUUUGAUGCCAAUGGCCUCAAGUCGUGUAUCUAGAGAUGAUGGCUGGCAGCAGGAGAAGUCCUCAUUCCCAGAAGUCAAUGGUCCUUGCCAUAAUUGUCAACCUUUGCUGCAGUCACUCAUCAGCCGUCUUCGCAAUCUGGAAGCUGAGGUUGAGAAACUAAAAAGGAAGCAGAAAAAGGUAUGAAUAAUGAAUACAUAACAUAGUUAAUGAAGGCUGGUUUUAGUAUUGUAAAAUAUAUAAUGCUGUUCAUACAACAUAUUGAUAUUAACUCUUACCUCGUUUGGAGUCAUUUUACUAUCCUCUGUAUGUGUACAUGUAUGUGAUGAUGUUUCACACAUGUGAUGGCAUUAACGCUUAUGCCUACAUCAGACAUGGAGACACCGCUUUGAAUUAAUCUUUGACUAGCAACUAAUAGUAAAAAUAUUCAGUGAGAUUCCCUCACUAUUUAGGAAUGAUUUUCAUUGCUGAGGAACAAUUUAUUUUAGUGCAGUAUUAAAUUCAAAAUUCCACUUCAAGUGUAUAGUAAAUAUUUGGUAAAAUGUACUGGAUAAUUGAGCUGAGUUUACUGUAAUUAAUGAAACUGACUGCAUUAAAUCAACUGAGCCACAGAUAUGUUAGGAGGGAGUUUUAUUGCUGGAACAUUGCCACAAAACGACAUCUGAGAAACAAGUGCAGAAGUUCUAUACUCCUCCUGUACUUAUGAUGAAGAUCUAGCCUGGUUCCAGAAAGGCCAAUUAGUGCUAAUCAAGGAUUAAAGUUUUGUUCCAUUUUUGUACUUUACCUUCCUAUGCAUUGCUCGAAGUAAUAUUUUGUGUUAUCAUUACAGUAUCUCGGAGUAAAGGCUUGACAGUAUUUUGUAAGCUCGAGUUGCAUCUUUUUGGACAAGAAAACCUUGAUUCAAAUACAGCUUAAUCCUGAGUUAAACUACCAUCUUUCGAGGAACCAGGCCAGUGGCUUAAAUCUGAUUGGUUGAAGCAAAUUUUCCUUGUGACAUAUGUCACCAACUUCAAGCAUAGGCACAUACUUGUGGUGAUGAAUCAUCAGCAUGGAAAAUUUGCAGUUGUUCAUCAGACAUCAUUUUACGGCAAAAAAUCACUUGAGUUGAUAUUAUUUUGCUUACUUAUUAAAGCUAUUUUGCCCCUAACCAUAACUGACAUUAUGUCAACAGGGAAAACCAACUUCAGAAAAUGAGGAUGCCCAAGAUACAGAAAGAUUUAAUGGUCUUACUAAGGUAAGUUAAUGACUUUCUUGUUAACAUGAAAGAAAAAAAGAAAAUACAUGCUGAAGAUCACAACUUUGACAUUCAUUUACGGAGCUUAUAAAACUACAUAUUUCCAAAAAAAAUUAAACAGCCGAAGACGGCAGCCGAAGUUCUUGCAAAGAAGCUGUUCACUCAGGAAGAGCUUCAAAAAUCAUCAGUCACUGGAUUUCAGUGUAAUAAAGAUUAUGAGGCACGCCCAGGUCUCAGCCCAUCUAGGAGGAACUUAUUAGAAAGUAAGCAGCAAACAAAAAUUAUUAUUUUUAUUUCAUGCAUGUAUGAAACCAUGUACAGUUAACUCCUUAGUUAAGGCCACCACCCUUUGUGCACGACAAAGUGGUCGCUUUAAAGGGUUGCAUGUCUGCGGAAAAUCAAAUUUUUGAAUUUCUACUUUAAAUGGUGGUUUGGUCGUGAAAUAAAUUUAAGUAGUGGUAACUUAUGAGAGAGGUUUAAAGCAGUAUUUGACGGAGGAACAAAACCGGUUACUUUCAAAGUGCUGACACUUAUGAGGAUGGUAACGCUUGCCAUAAGUUGUCACUAUGAGAGUACUUUUAUAUUAACCCAGUUGUUUAAAAUCCCAUACAAACUCUGUAUUGUUAGAUUCCUAUAAGCGGCCAGCUCUAGUUACGGACACCUUUUUUUGAGUCCCGAGGGUGUCUGCUUACAAGAGCUUCCACUGUACCAAUUGCUUUCCUACAACCUUUACAAUGUGGUCAGUUACCAAUUCCCAAAGGAAAAAUAGCUUCAUUAUUUGACGUAAAUAUGCCCAUGCCAUGUUGACUGUUUUAACUGACAGGAUAUGUAAUUGUUUUAAAAAUCAGGAGAACAGAAUACUUAGACUUGGGAAUCUAAAUGUUACAGGAAACAAUCAAGAAAUGACGUUCAAAUUCCACAGGUCCAAUUAGUGUAACAGCCAAACUGUUUUAACAUAGCUUGACCCCUGUAAUGUCUGCUACUAAUAUUAUUAAAGUACAAGCAUCAGUGUGCAAAGAAAGUAGUGUCCGAUAGCCCGGGGCUAGUGGAUUUUGCUAUCGGGCUACAGUGAAUUCUGUUUUCAACUUGCCCGGCGGGCAACUAUGAAAUCAAUUCUGCUUAGAGAGUCAAAAAGUUUUUGGCGCUAGUUGAAAUGACAUCUGGGCUUAUUAGUAAAUGCUAGCUUCAGCUUGCCCGAAUGGCAAUUAGCUUUAAAAAUGAUUUUCUUUGCACCCUGAAGCAUACAUGAUAAAGGAUACAUAAUUAUUCAGAUGGUAGUAACAACAGUUAAUAACAGCUCAUGGGUCAACAUAAAUUUUUUUUGUUUCUUUGGCUCUUUUCCUUUUACAGGUAUUGUGUUAAGAAAAGCAUUUCCUGGGUCAACUUGGUCAUCCGUGAGAAAAGACUUGAGUUUGGUAUUAAAGACGGCCAGAGCUAGUUUAUUAACUGCAAUCAAACCUGAGCCCAAGAUGAGAGUCAUCACACAAAAAACAUGA